AUGGGUUUGGCUCCUCGAACGUUCAUUCUUCCCGAUCUCUUUUCCUACUGCCAAUAUCCAUUCAGGACGAACGUGCACUGUGCUUCCGUCGCACGCGCCUCUGAAGACUGGCUUCUGAAAGACGCCAAGUUCACUGCCAAACGACAGGCUGCAUUCCGUCGUCUCCACGCGGGAGAACUCACUGCCAUGUGUUAUCCGAACACGGACGCUACACGCCUAAGGGACGUGGCCGACUUCCUCAACUUCCUCUUCACCCUCGACGAUUGGUCGGACGAGUUCAGCGAUCACGAUACAGUCGGGCUCGCGGGCAGCGUCAUGGGCGCAUUCUGGGACCCGGUAGGUUUCACGACGCAAAAAGCGGCAGGGAAGCUGGCAAAAAGCUUCUCUGGUCGGUUCCGGCGCACCGCGGGCCCUGGAUGCACGCGUCGGUUUAUCGAGACGAUGGACCUCUUCUUUCGGGCGGUCGCGCAACAGGCCAGUGAUCGGGCCUGUGGGGACGUGCCUUCCCUGGAAGAGUAUAUUGCUCUUCGGAUGGACACGAGCGGUUGCAAACCGUGCUUCGCGCUGAUCGAGUACGCCGCUGGAAUUGACCUUCCCGACGAAGUCAUGGCCCAUCCUGCGAUCCGCGCUCUUGAGGAAGCUGCAAACUCGCAUAUAUCGUGGUCCAAUGACAUCUUCUCGUACGACGUCGAACAGGCACGUGGCGACACCCACAACAUGGUCGAGGUCGUCAUGCACAGGCAUGACUUCUCGUUGCAAGCGGCCGUUGACUACGUUGGUGACCUCACCAACGCGUCAAUCGCCCGUUUCGAGAGCAUCAGGAGGAGCCUUCCAUCUUGGGGAGAGGAGAUUGACAUGGACGUCAAUCUGUACGUCCAGGGCCUCCAGGACUGGAUGGUCGGUGCGCUGCAGUGGAGCUUCGACUCUGCGCGCUACUUUGGUAGCGACGGCGCCGCGGUGAAGCAUCGUCGUGUCGUGAUCUUGCGUCCUCGGAUCCCAACGACGCGCUCGUCCACAACAGGUGGGCGCAUUUCCUGA